CGAACCAGCACGGGUGCGCUGUUCUGGUCUGGCUUCAAACGCUGCCCCCACCCCAUUGAGUUUGAUGCCGGCGUGGAGCUUCAUAUGGACUACAUCGUUGCGGCGGCCAACCUGCGAGCAGCUGUCUAUGGCAUCCCCAGCUGCAAAAACCGACAGGAGAUCGGUCGCAUGCUCGAGCCAGUCACGGUGCCCCUGUUCAGGCCACGGUCGGCCGUCCAGAUUUCGGUUACGGAUAAUGACGCAUCGUCUGCUACUGCAGGACGCGCUGACCACGAUCGGUUCAACAGCCUGAUCAACGAGCUGCCUCAGCCGUCCUCGCUGGCAGGCGUGAAGUUGACGCCCCAAGAGUUCGAGAAGGACGACGACACAAACUUUCACAUGGACUUUAUCGUGGCAGCGUCCAACCUGCGCGCCUCCAACUACGACAUCCCACUGGCCGACCGGCACCACAGCAAGCUCAUCGCGGGCAAGAUCAUCCCCGCCAUUGCUACCACCACGGCCCUGGUGGCCGGUCUGGCCUGCCUUGAGCUCUACAAGUUGGUACAGGGGCACGACAAGUUGGAGCUGUACAAGAACAGCUUUGUCAACCUGGCAUUGCCGUUCUUUGGUUUCUCUGAGCCCAUUGCUGCAAAAAAGAGCACGUUCAACGGCCAGGAGUACACCAUGUGGGACCACUUCGACGUGCAGGGAGAGCUCACCCUGAAGCAGUUUCUCGAAUACUUCAAGAAAAAGCAUGAGGUUGAGAUCACCAUGCUAUCCCACGGACUCUCCGUGCUGUACCCGCCUAAAGUGAAGGAACGCCUUGAUCUUCCCAUGAGCAAAGUGGUGGCCCAGGUGUCGAAAAAGCCGAUUGAGCCUCACGUGCGCAACCUCGUCUUUGACUUCUUUGGCAACAAGAACGGCGAGGAGCUACUCGACUUGCCGCCUGUGCACUACCAGCUGCCCAAGUGAAGUGUCACCAGCCGGGCCGCGGUGCUAGUCGAUGGAGAUGGCAGCCAAGGUUCACAACUCGGCAUCUUCAUCGGGCAAGAAGGUUGCACUUCUGGCGAUCCAGGUUCUUCAUCUGGUUUAGCGACGAGAAAAUUUACCUUUAGUUUUCUCUCUCUUGCGCCUUCUUUUUAAAUUUCUGCCUUACCAAAUUAAACCAGGAGUG